CGACACCACUUCAUGCUGUGUAUAACACGUCAACCUAAAAGGCGUAUGUACUACUACAAUGGUCACCACGAUGGACCGUCUGAAACCAAUUGGAGACAACCUCAAUCAAAAAAGCGUGUGUACUACAAAGCUGGCCAUCACGAAGGAUCGUCUGAAGCAAACUGGAGAAUGCCUACACCAGCGCAAUCUGAAGUGACCUACUCUGGAAUGGUCAUCAAUAGCUCAACCACCAUCAACUCAAAAGCGGACUACAGGCCGUCAACUACCACAACCGUGCACCACAAGGCAAACAAACGCCACCGUCGACGCAAAAUCUGGUUAAAUUCAAAGCUGAAGGACAGUCUGCUCAACUCACAAAAUGGUCAAGUGAUUCCUCAAACCAGCAUAGCGUUUAACAAUUCAGCCAGUUCCAACCACACCAACUCUAAUGUACUUAUUGAAAAUGCAACAACAGCAACAAAAAGCCAAUAUACUAGCUCAACCUUGAUUAGGAUAACUGGUUCCAAACGUCCUGGAGGCACUGAGUGUGAAAUUGUACAAGAGGGGAAGUUGGAUGAACAAUUUGUUAGUGUGGUGAAUGAAAUACCGACUAAAUCACUCUUCGUUGCAAAGAGGUUCAGUUCAUUGCUUACCUUGCUUGGAACAGUCAUUUUGGUGCUCCGUCUCAUCAAACUCAGUCGUGUACAUUCUCCAACUUCUACAAAUGGCAUUUUUAUCGCAAAUGGUUACCGAAUUGCACGUUCUUUGCUCAUCCGACUAGCUCAACAUGAAUAUAAACUGGAACCGAAAAGCGAACAUAGUGUGAUCAACUCGGAUGGAAUAAUUCGGAUAAAAACAAAGACGAUGUGUCGACCAAUCUCAAUCGCAAUUGUGCUAAGCUUACUAGGAUUUGUAUGGACUCUAUUACUGUGGUUGAUUAAAGGAGCGGAACUUGUUUGUCAAAUGUUGGCUUGGACUGCCACAGGCCUUGCACUUGUUUUUAUCUGGUUUAAUAUUUGUGGAACGACCACGGCUGUCACAGAUCAAUCAAAAACGAGCUUUUUAACCGCUGUAAGAUAUCCAUCAAUUCACCAAGCUGGAACGACCGCGUCUGCUACAUCGACGAGCUUUUUGCACGCUGGAAAAUGCUUGUGUCUUAGUCAAGCUGGUAUUACCCGGGCUGUUACUGAUCAACUGAAUAUGAACUGCUCUUCAGUCAGAAAAAUUGGCACGAGUACUCGACAACAAGAAGUCACGGUAUGGAGUGCCGCCCCUCACCAAAAGCUCGAAAAAGGGGAACUAGUGAAAGCGCACUUCAUUAUCAUCGUCACCGAUCUGGACGCAAUCACCUGUUCCGACGAAACAUGCCGUCAACAGUCUCGGGAAUGCGGCUCAGCGUCAACACUGGUUGCACUGAAUGAGGAUGAAGAAUACAGAUGAAUUUGACUGAUCUUUUGUUUCUGGGGGCGGGGGGAGUGUCGCCAAUUUUGGCGACUUUCAGUGAAUCGUCUUUUUUGUUAAUAGUCCCCCGUUUACUUUUCGUUAAUUUUUUGGCCGUUCACCCCGUAUUUUUUGUUGUCCACUCAACUUUUUUCCCUCCAAAAUUCCUUUAACUAAUUUUUUAGUGACAGCUCGUGCCUGUCACAACUUAAUUUUUUUCCUAUUGUUUUUUCUGCUUGUUUUCUCUGUCCCGUUCUCUCUCUACAUUUUUCUUCUAUAACUUGUUCACACAUUUUUGCAAAUUCGCAUUUUAUUUUGGAAUUUUUCUAAACUCCUCCCAUUUCAAUCUCUAUUUAAGCCGAUGAACAAGCCCUUAAAAUUAGCUCAGUUCUCAAUUCCAACUUAAUCAACCAUCAUCAACUGCUAAUUUGUGGGCUUGUUCGUGGCCUCCCAUCAUUGGCUUUACUGUGCUGUUUUGCUACUAUUUUUUGUGAAAGUAAAAUUAUUGUUGAAUUGUUGUUCUAUUUUGUUUGAGUGGAAAAGUGAACCGCCUCAAGGUUCACUUUCUGUUCUUCAUUCUUUUGACUGUGUCGGCACUACCGACCAGUCUGGUGCCACGACCUUUCCUCCAACUCUCAAAACCCAAUUUGUCGGGAUCCCGUCUCCCGACAUUAUUUGUAUCUC